UUUUUGGAGCAGAAGUAUGGCUAUUUCCACUGCAAAGAAUGCAAGACCAGAUGGGAGAGUGCUUACGUGUGGUGCAUUUCUGGAAGCAACAAGGUGUACUUCAAGCAGCUAUGUCGCAAGUGCCAAAAGGCCUUCAAUCCCUAUCGAGUGGAAGCAAUCCAGUGCCAGACCUGUUCAAAGACACGUUGUUCCUGCCCUCAGAAGAAAAGACAUAUUGAUCUCAGGAGACCUCAUCGCCAAGAACUUUGUGGCCGCUGCAAAGACAAGAGGCUGUCCUGUGAUAGCACUUACAGCUUCAAAUACAUUGUCUGAUCUGUCUGCCCUCCUUCUUCUGUUUUGUGCUUUGCUCUUUGUCAGCCUCUUACAGUGUUUUGACUUUAGGUUUUUGACCUGGCAUUGGAUAAUGGAUAAAGACUUUUGUACUAUUUAUAAAAUACAUAACUUAAUUGUAUAUAUGCUGUGAAUAAACUUCAGUAGAAGUGUGC